AUGGCAAACAACAACACAAACAACCUCGCCCUGCGUUCCAUUCUGGAUAAAGAUAAAUUGAACGGAACAAACUUUGUUGACUGGCAACGCAAUCUCUGCAUUGUUCUCCGCAUGGAUGAGAAAGAGUAUGUGCUCGAAAAGCCCAUUCCUCCUGCCCCUCCCGCUAACGCCCCGAAAGCGGUCAAAGAUGCCUA